AUGAAGUACGAAACCGCAACCAUUUUGAUCGCCGUUCUCGGCCUGGUAUCUGCUGCUCCCAUUGCAGAACCAAAGAAUACAUUCACUCUUCCAUCCAUACCAAAGCGAAUGCUAAGAGGACGUGAGGUUCCUCAAGAACAUUCCCACAAUCGAUUCCUCGAUGGUGUUCGUGUCAAUCUAAACAUCAACAAUCCAAACAAGAUCCAAGAUCCAGUCUUUGGUCUUUUGGGUAAUGCUGCAGCCAUGAAAGGAGCUGGAACAAUUACCAAUCCCGAUUGUCUUCACCAAGCUACCGCUGAUCAAGCUUUCACCAAUGCAAAGGCGGCUAAUAAUGUCACCGGUAUGGCUGAUGCAUUAAUGUAUGCAGCACUUGAAAGAAAUACAGCAUCAGUUGGUGUUGCAUCUGUCAUUUGCAACGAAACUGCCGUCAAUCCCGAGAUUCAAGCCGUUCAACAACAUCAAGAUCCAGCCUCACCAAACGCUGCCGCUACCAAUAAAGCUAUUGUUCUUUCACUCGCUAAACAACUUGCUUCCAUUGGGGCAGAUCCUCAAGAAGCUCUUCUUUCGGGUACAUUCGCACCAGGAACUAUCGGCGAUCCAACUGCUGCUGGCAAUACUUGUGACGACGAAGCCGAUUCAUCUGGUUGUAUCUUCACAAAAAAUCUUAUCGUUAACGAUGCCACUGCCGAUGAAAUCACCGCAGCUGUCGCAGGAGUUUCGGCAAAUUCAACUUCUACCGCUACUAUCAGUUCUAUCUCCUCGAGUAACUCAACUUCAAACUCUACAGGUAGCGAAUGUGCUGCCGCAGUAACAAGUACAAUUACCGCCGUCGCCGCUGCAGCAUCUACUGGAACCAGUGCCACAGGAACAAAUGUUCAAACUUUCACCGGAACACUAGGUGGAGCACCUCCCCCAGUUGUUUCCUCUGCAGGCGAUCGUCCUUUCUCGGUUAACGGAGAUUCAUUUGUGGGUGAAGGAGCAGCACUUCAAAGAAGUUGUAGCGUACAACAUAAUGCCUGUGCGAGUGCUGCUAAUAGUGGAAGUAUCGCGGGUGGAGUGGCACAAUGUGAAACGCAAGAGACGGCUUGUAAUGCUGCAUCCGGAGUGUCGAAGAAAAUAAGACGACAGGCUAUGAUGUUUUAG